AUGACGAGCGACGUGGUUUCGUUGCCCGCCAACUGGGGAAGUGACACCUUACACUCGGACACGAACAGUUUGAGCAUUGUGAGCAGCUACGAGGAACCCCCCCUCAACAACCACGGUCCCCGUCACGAAUUGGAUCGCGAUACGCAGCCACCCGAGCAACUACGACGACGGUCGUUAUCAUCUUUAAAUGACACGGUCCACGACAAUGCCACAAUUUACACGGGAACGGAUACCCUCGAUACGGAAAAGACGUUGCAACGGGGAUCGCUCUCCAAGAAACCAAGUCCCGACGAUCACUUUGUCUUGAAGCCCUACGUGCGAAAACCCCGCAGUAGUCUGACGGGCAACAAUACUAACAAUAUCCAUGGUAUGAGUAACAGUAACAUGCAGGCACAUCCCGAAGGAGGAGGGGAUGGAACGACAGUUGAAGGGGUUCCCUCGACAUUAUCCUUUCCUUCUCCACCGUCCAUGGAAGACGACGAAUGGCCCACACGAGAUAAUUCCUCGGGAAAUGCCAGUACCAUACAGGAAGAUCCAGAACAACAACCACCACCAGCACAACUUGAACGAGACAAUUCCUCUUCCACCAUUAGUUCGGCCAAACUCACACAAGAAAGUCACAGUCACAACAACCCAAACUCAUCCCACAACAACAACAGUCAUCAUGACGACAAACGAUCAUCCAAUGGAUCCUCAUCCAAACAAAAGCGAUGGAUCCUGGUGGGAAUUACCGUCUUGCUUGUCAUUGUCCUACUGGCCAUUGUCUUGGGGGUAUCGGUCCACAACAACAACAAAAAGGACAACCAGCAAACAAAUAAUAAUAAUAAUACAGACACGAGCGACCCAUUCGAAGAAGACACCAUCAUGUUGCCCAGGGAACAAGUCUCAUUCCCCACCGAAUCUCCAUCUGCCGUCUCGACAGUGCCCACUGCAUCCACCAAUGCAACAACAACCACAGCGUCGUCGCUGUCGUCCAACACGCUUGUGAUCAUCAUGAGGGAGGACCCUUCGUCAUCCAAUUCAACCAACAGCAACGACUUUAACAACCAGGAGGAUUAUAAACAACAAGACAUUGUUAAUUCCACCCUCCAACCGACGCGGGCUCCGUCACGGAAUCUCAGGCGACCCAUCAUUUGA